CUAGUAUUUUAAAACAUCACUGAGUUAGCCAAACAGCGGUGUGACCUGACGAAGACUUGUUUUCAAAAUGACGAAAUUCAACUAAUUUGUGAGGAUUUGUGUAAAUAACAGUGGAAUAACCGAGGUGGAGGAAGUCUGUAAAGAUGCCAGCUGGUGUGUCUUGGCCUCAGUACCUGAGGAUGUUCAGUGCUAGCAUGCUGGCCAUGUUUGCAGGAGCACAGUUCGUCCACCAGUACUACUUACCCGAUCUGAGCAUACCAGAGACCCCACCAAGGCCUGGGGAGCUUCAGACAGAACUGCUGGGCUACAAAGUCAGAGAAGAAGCUGCUGCUACCUUACAGCAGCUUGCUGCCAACCAAAAAGUGGACUGAUGUUAAAUUAUACAUCCUCUGUGUGGUGGACUCUCACUGAAGCAGACUGAAGCAGCUCAGUUUUGUCAGUACUGAUACCUUACAUGUUUGGUGUUUUCUUUUACUGGAACAAACAAGAGUGGAAUCAAAUGCUACACCUCUGGUGUUUGGUUGCUGCAAUAAGGAUGUUGUUUGAAACAUAUCAAUUUUUUUUUUCAUA